GUCAUGCACAUUCAAUAUCUAAUUAAACUCUAUAAGAAGGCUUUGCAUGGUCUUGGGUUUUCAAAUAUCUAGCCUAGCCUUCUCUUCUGAGCUAGGUAUUGAACAUGGGGACGAACUAUGUUCUGGCUUUGCUCUUGGUUCUGAUUCUCAACUUGGGAAGUUUCCUCACUUCUCUUGCAAACGCUCCCUACUGUGCACCACCGACAUACCCUCCUAAGUUCCCCCCCAAACACCCUCCUCAUGUCAAACCACCAGUAAAACCACCACAUGUGAAGCCUCCCUACAUUCCCAAACCGCCCGUAAAACCGCCGCAUGUGAAGCCUCCCUACAUUCCCAAACCGCCCGUAAAACCACCGCAUGUGAAGCCUCCAUACAUUCCCAAACCACCAGUGAAGCCACCACACGUGAAGCCUCCCUACAUUCCCAAACCACCAGUGAAGCCGCCACACGUGAAGCCUCCCUACAUUCCCAAACCACCAGUGAAGCCACCACAUGUGAAACCUCCCUAUGUACCAACACCACAACCACCAUACUAUCCCAAACCACCAAUUGUCCACCCGCCCUUCAUCCCAAAACCACCAAUUGUGCACCCUCCCUUCAUCCCAAAACCACCAAUUGUCCACCCACCUUUCAUCCCUAAACCACCAAUUGUGAACCCACCAAUUACUCCCAAGCCCCCCGUGUACCCUAGCCCGCCACCGACACCUGUUGUGACCCCUAGCCCGCCGCCACCAGCAACAGAAACACCCUGUCCUCCUCCACCACCUUCAGUAGUACCAUACCCACCGCCGCCACCAAAAAACACGUGUCCCAUCGACGCUCUCAAGCUAGGGGCUUGUGUGGACGUGCUUGGUGGGCUGAUUCACAUUGGGAUAGGGGAAAGUGCUAAAGACACUUGCUGUCCUGUGCUUCAAGGACUGCUGGACUUGGACGCCGCCAUUUGCCUCUGCACCACCAUCAAGCUUAAGCUCCUUAACAUCAACAUUAUCAUACCUCUUGCUCUUCAGGUCCUCAUCGACUGUGGGAAGACACCACCCGAUGGAUUCAAGUGUCCUUCAUAAGCUCUCUGAGUCACUCUGACGUCGUUCGAGGUUUUCAAAUAUUGAUUAAUAAUAGGGUUUCAGUAAUAUUUGGCAGGUAAUAAUAGCAUGUGUGUAUGUGAUUAUGAAAGCUUUGGAAUUAAAACUACUUCAUGAGGUUAAUUAAUAUCUGUAUUUUGGUUUAUGUUUUCGUUUGGGUUUAUCUCAUUGUGUAUCAGAUCGAUAUACUGUGGCAAAACCGUAAAAGUGUUCAUGUUGAUUUGUUAUAAUCAGAAUAUGUUGUUCUAUUU